GGUCCUGCGGACAAGUCUGGGAAGUACUCUCGGCGCAGUUCCCAUGGCGGGGCUCACAUGGGAAAAGCAGAGGAACCGCGCUGUGGCGCUCCGGAAUAGUGAAUCCGAAAAGUCGGGCUCUUCAGACUUCUUGGGAGCCAGGUACGGGGAAUCUAGACUUCCUGGGGAACCUAGACCUGUAGCUCUGGGAUGAGAGAAGUGAGAAGAGUUCAUCGUGACUCUGGGUGGGUGUUGGUUUAGGGGAGUGGGGAGCCUGAGAAAGGUCUGGAUGUGGAUAGACUCGGGUGCCAUUGAACAUGAAAUGGUCAAAUUGAUCUAACACAUUGGAGUCCCCAGUACCUACAAGAGUUGUUCCCUUGAAUAACAACAUGACAGAAGGAGGAAGCAGGAGGCCUGCUCAUAGAAGCAAAGAUCUGGCUCUGAAGAGCAAAGAUGGAUACUAAAGUCCUGACCCUUCGCUGGGAUGGAAGAAUUGACCUGUGAGAGACUUUCAUUGGUCCCAUACCCUUUGUGACCCUGGAGGUUACAGAUAUGGGUGGAUUAAAGACCGUACAUACCCAGUCUGAUGCUGGCUGGCGAGUAAGGGCGCUAGGAAAUAGCAGGAAGCUUCCAGUAUCUCAGCCUACUUUAGAUUCCCUGUUAGAAUCAAAGUGAAAGUGAAAUAGGGGCCAGUGCUUUCCCAGCAUGAUUUCACUGGAUCCUGCCCUUCCCAGAACAGCUCCACGGUGAGGAGAGCUUUAUCUCCCUUCUGGCUGGAGGAAGAGGCCAUAACCACGUACAUGUAUAAAGCCAUAGAGCCAAGAACACCAGCUCCUGGCACAUCAUGACCACCAGACAGAGCUGGACACCAGACUCCAGCCCUUUGUGGUUCCUGUUCCUGUUCCUGUUCCUGUGUGCCCACAUCGUCUCCCAUUUGGCAAGAGCCACACCUAUACCCCAGGCUGGCACAGCUGCUGCAGUCUCAGCUGGGAUCACAAAAGACCCCUCCCCCUCCCGCCCCUCAGCGCUCCCCACAACUAAGCAGUGCCCAGCAUUGGAGGUGACCUGGCCAGAAGAUGGACUCUCACUAAAUGGAACGCUGACUCUGUCCUGUACCGCCUGUAGCCGCUUCCACCACUUCAGCAUUCUCUACUGGCUGGGCAAUGGUUCUUUCAUCGAGCACCUCCCAGACCGGCUGCAGGAGGGCGACACCAGCUGGGAGCACAGGGGUGCCAGCACUCAGCUGAAGAAGGCCUUGGUGCUGGAGGAGCUGAGCCCCGUCUUGCGCAACACCAACUUCUCUUGUGUUUUCACGGAUCCUGAGUACACUGUCCAGCGCCACGUUGUCCUGGCCGAUCUCUUGGCUGGGCUGAGGACACUCAUGCCCCCGACUCAAGAAGCCUCCAGAGGGUUCCCUCUGCCUCACCAUCCUGACAGGUGAACUCAAGCCUGGUUGAAACGCCACCUCUUCAUUUAGGUCUAGGCUGUCAGCUCAGGCCACAAUCUGUCAACUUAAUGCUAUAUAUUUGUAUAGACAUACCUCGUUUUAUUGUGCUUCACAGAUCAUGCAUUUUUUACAAAUUGCAGGUUUGUGGCAACCCUGUGUCGAGUAAGUCUAUUGGCACUAUUUUUCUAACAGCAUUUGUUCACUUCAUGUCAUAUUUUGGUAAUUCUUGCAAUAUUUCAAACUUCUUCCUGUGAUGAGUGGUCUUUGAUGUUACAAUUGUGACUGUUUUUGGGGUGCCAUGAAUCAUGCUCAUAUAAGAUGGUAAACUUAACUGACAAAUGUA